GAACAUGUGGUGGCUGUUGAGUUUAGUUAUCUUGGCGUCUCCAGAUUUGUUUGAUUACUAUUUUCUUACGCGCGUGAGAGUUGAUCCUAUCCAACCAUAACAUGAUAACAAGACUAGACUACUCGAUGAACCGUUACGAACAUAUUCUUUUCGAACGAGUCGUGAAAGGGAUGAUUGGAGAAAAAACGAAGAAUUCUGAAUGAUAUGUGUAUACGAAAGACGUCAUAAAGUAAUUUGUAGAGUUCACAACAAACUAAAAAGCGAGGUUUUCUUAAGGACAUUUGGAAAGAUUGGUUUACAAACAAAGUGCUAGGACCAAAGGAUAUUAUUUAGAGGAGUAUUUACAAAUGCCGAAGGACUACCUAACGGGAUUCAAAUCUCGGUAGAGUCUGAAAAGCAUGAAUUUAUCGUUUUCGGGUUGUGGUUUUUUGGGAAUUUAUCACAUUGGAGUUGCCAGUUGUUUCAAAGAACAUGCGCCACAAAUUGUGGAAUCGUGUAAAUUUGCAGGAGCCAGUGCUGGUGCAAUAGUGUCUUGUUGUUUAAUGUGUGGCUGUUGUUUAGGUGAAUGUACAAAUUUUACCUUGCGGUUAGCUACUAAAGCACGAUCAAGAACCCUUGGACCUCUUCAUCCCAGUUUUAACAUCAAUAAAAUUUUACGAGAAGCUUUAAGACAAGUUUUACCGUCUAAUGCACAUGAAUUAGCAACAGGAAGAUUAUUUAUAUCUUUAACAAGAGUGUCAGAUAAACAAGCAGUUAUUGUUUCUGAAUAUGAAUCUAAAGAAGAAUUAAUACAGGCUCUUCUAUGCAGUUCAUUUGUCCCAUUUUACAGUGGUCUUAUCCCACCAAAGUUCCGUGGAGAGAGAUAUGUUGAUGGAGGAUUGAGUGAUAAUUUACCUAUCCUUGAUGAACAUACAGUUACAGUUGCUCCUUUCGCAGGAGAAAGUGACAUCUGUCCAAAAGACUUGUCUUCUAAUUUUCUCCACAUCAACAUAGUCAAUACCAGCAUGCAAUGUAGUGCCAAGAAUUUGUACCGUAUGUCACAUGCUCUGUUUCCACCCGACCCAGAGGAACUGAGUAAUAUGUGUAGACAAGGCUUUGAUGAUACUUUAGUCUAUCUUCAACAAAACAAUCUUAUAUCUUGUAUAAGACAUUUAACUGUUCGAUCAUCAAUAACAACCAAAUCUUUACUGGAAGAUGGAGCAUCAGAAGACGUUAAUGAAUCCGUUAUGGCACAUCAUAAUCAUAAUGAAGAAGAUUGUCCAGAAUGUAAAAAGAAACUUCAAGUGGCUUUAUUAGAUUCACUACCUCCAAGCGUUGUUUCAGCAUUACAGACAGCAUGUGAUUCAGUAAAUAACGGUUUAAUAAACUAUUUCUUCAGUACACGACCUGUACGACUUCUAUCAAUAGCAGUUACACCAUGGAUGUUACCAAUAGAUAUAAUAUAUAAUUAUGGUGUUAAGUUUCUUGAAUGGUUACCAUCAAUGCCACAAGAUAUCCAGGCCAUGUUCCGAGAACUAUCAGAAAUUAUACAGGAGUUGAUCACCCAAUUUUUACACCAAAGACAUAGUUACUCGGCAAGAUUUACUUGUCAACUGGCUAUAACAGAAGUUAAAUGUGAAAAAGAAAAACGAAGAAAAUUAGUGAAGAAAAGAAAAGCAAGCGAGAUUGGACCAAUGAUACGCAAUUAUAAUAUUGGAUUUGCUGUAGAUUUUAAUACCCAGGAGAAGGACACUAUGGGGUCGUUACAAAGUUUAGAAGGACACAUUGACAAAAUUAGCAUGGAAGAUAUUCAUUUUGAGCAAAGAGAUGAGGCAGGUUCCUUAAGUUAUUAUCCAAAUUCGGAAAAACCAUCUCAAACAAAUGGCGCCCCAUGUCAACAAUUAUUUGACACUUUUGAGCAAUGUUUACAUGUGACAAACCAUUUGGAUUCUGUUUUGUCCUAUCAUUAUCAAGAUCCAAACAACAAAGGAUGUUACAAGUUCGCAGAAAUCUAUAGCCUGAAGGGCGUUCCGAUAAAUAUACCAGAAACUGACACAGAUACCUCACAGACCACAGCCUCAGAUAUGGAUCUGUCAUGGGAUAGUUAUGUUGAAAUGAAACCAGAAAUUGAAGAUGAAAUCGAGGCCUUUAUUGACUCCGCAAUGUGUUUGCCAGAAUUUGAUUCUGAUAGUUAUAAUCAGGAAUAACAGAUGUUCAAGAAAAUUUGUUAUAGAUUACACCACAAGUGUCUUCCCGCUAUGCUUUUAUAUUAUUGAGUCACUUCUCCUACAUCUAGACAAAACCAGGGGAAACAUAUCUGGACUGCUACUAAUGGCGAUUUUCUGUGGGAUAUUGUUGUGACAGUUUAGAUGAAACCAUUGAAUUUUGUAAUAUGUUUUGUUAAUGAAGUGUAAUGUGGAAUUUGUAAAAACAUAUUUCAAAAAAUCCAAUGUUUAUGAAAACCUUUGUUAUGCCUGUGGCUUGUUCUAAUUCUAAGGGAAAAAUAUCGUUAACAUCUUAAAUGAAUAUUUGUUACAUAUUUCUCUGUUUAUUACACAAAUGGCUGUUCUAUAUUUUAUUUUUGAAACGUUUGAUUAUUUUAAAACCAAAAAUAGUUUUGAUAGUUCGAAGGAAUCGGUUGAUAGUCCUUUAGACGUGGCAGAUAGACUCAUUUAAUUUUAUGAUACAUGUAUCUACAACUUUGAUUAUUUAAAUUUUUUAUGGUGGUCGUUGAAUGUGCUACUGUUUUAUGAUAGUGUAUUGCAAGAACAAUUUUAAUAGAUCUUGAUUAUUCCAAUCUUUUGUUUAAGUACACAAAUGGCUGUACUUUAAGGCAAUGAGUUCUGUGAUUAAUAUCCAUUUCUUCCUGAUAUUUAUACAUAUACAUUGAGACUACUUGUAGAUGAAUGUGUUCCUGCAGAUUUAAGAAUUUAAAGUGAUAAAAUAUUUUAAUAUAAAAAAACAAACCACAAGGAACAAUUUAUGUUUAGAAACAAUUGUGUUUUCUUUAGUUGUAUAAAUAUAUAUUUAUGCUUACCGGUAUUUCUUUCAUUUGUAAAUAUAUAUACAAAACCAGUGAUUUUAUUUUUGUCUUUGUGUUCUUAUAUUAUCUAGUAGGUCUAGUGUAUAUAAUUAUAUUCAGAGUUAGCAAUAAAUGUGUGUUAAAAAUUCAAUCCUAAUUUAGUUUUUAGAUUUGAUAGCCAUUUCUUAAAACAUAGAGUAUAUGUAUAUGUUGAAAAUUCAUUAAUAUUUGUCUUUUAGACAAUUGUUUUAAUAUAGAUCAAUCUUAUAUUGUAUAUAUAUAUAUAUAUUCACUGCUGUAAUUUUAUUUUUCGAAGGUGUAUGCAAUUCAUACUAAAUAAGUUAAAUUUAUUGUGCACAUAAUUUUUAUUUAGAAUAUAUAAAAAAAAAAUUAUAUUGGAUAAUUUAAACCAGUCAAAGUGCUUUUUAUACAUGUAUUGUGUCAUUGAAUUUUUCUUUUAUAAUUGUAUUUAAAAUGUACAUAAAAGGCCAUACUAGUUUUAUACACGGUAAAUUUGUACGACAUCCUCAUCAGUAAAGCACAAAAAUUCAUACGGUUGAUAUUAUUCUGUACUAUGACCAGUGUAUAUUUUUCUUCUAAGUAGUGCCCAAUUUCUGAGGAUUUAAAAUAAUGUUUAAUUCAAUUAACGAUAAGUAUUCUAAUAAAACGUUUAUCUUAUCAAUAUAUUUUAUAAUUUGGUAAUCAAAGAAAUUAAUUGUAUAUAGCGGAAUAUUGGUAUUUUGAACAAAUUCUGGUAUUGAAUAUGGACAUCUGGACAAGUUCUGGAAAUGAAUAUGGAAAAAUUCUGGAAUUGAACAUGGAUAAAUUGACAAAUUCUGGAAUUGAAUAUGGACAUCUUGACAUGUUCUGCAAUUGAAAUGGACAUACUGAUAUUGGAUAUAGACAUAUUCUUGUAUUGGAAAUGGAGAUGUUCCGGUAUUGGAUAUGAACACUUGAACAGAUUGAGUUUUUUGACUGAUUCUGGUAUUAAGUGUGGCGAGUUGUACAGAUGUUUAUUUAUGAGCAGAUAAUUUUCUAUUUCGUUUAACUUUUAAAGAAAAUUACGUUCGUAAACCCUCGUCCUCUGUUAUUAUUUCCACGCUAAACCUUGUAAACUAAUUAUACAUCUGGCGUUGCAGGAAAUUGUUCAUAACCUAAACAUUAUAUAAAAGCUAUUUACAACUUGUGAAGUAGUAGUUACUGUAAUUACAACCAGUACGACCUUACUAUAUAUCUUUUAUAAUCAGUAUGUAAUUUGUAUAUUUGUCACACUAUGCUUGAUUUCAAAGAGAUUGUUAAGGAAGGGCAACAAAAGGAUUGAAAUGUUAUAAUUACUAGAUAUACAAAUAACUAUAUUGUGAUAAUAAAGAGACAAUUCACUCACUCAUA